AUGGCAAAUUGGCUUAUUAUUUUCUUCACCUCCAUUGUGUGGUGGUGUUGCUUUGGCAACACCCCUGUCACUUGCUUGCAAAAUAAGAUAGAUAGAUCAGCCUUGAUUGCUUUCAAGGCUGCCAUUCAUCAAGACCCAUUUGGGGCAUUGAGAUCCUGGUAUGAUUCAGUGCACUACUACGAUUGGAAUGGCAUCUUAUGUAGUCAUCGACAUCCCGAUGGAGUUGUGAAGUUGAGACUAAGGUCGCAAGGCCUGGUGGGAUCACUCUCACCUCUUAUUGGAAACCUCUCGUUCCUCAAAAGCCUUAUUCUUCGAAACAAUAGCUUCCAUGGCCCAAUCCCACAAGAGAUUGGUCGCUUGUUUCGACUUCGAAACAUUUCACUCAGCAACAAUUCAUUUCAUGGUGAAGUACCCACCAACUUUUCCCAAUGCUCAAAUCUUGAAAUGCUUGACUUGAUCGACAACAACCUAACCGGAAACAUCCUGGCCGAGUUAGGAUCUUUGUGGAAGCUUACACUUUUCGGCUUAAGUACUAACAAGAUUUCAGGAACCAUCCCUCAUUCCCUUGGCAAUCCUUCCUCUCUUACCGAACUUUCCUUUGGAAAAUGUGCUUUGCGUGGAGAGAUUCCAAAGGAAAUUGCCCAACUUCAAGGCUUGAUAUUGUUUUAUAUCUCUGAAAACAAUAUAGCUGGUGAGGUUCCUUCAAGCAUUUACAUCUCCACUCUGUCUUGGUUUGAAAUUUUUGAUAACCAACUUCGAGGAAGCAUUCCUCCUGAUAUAGGCUUAACCCUACCCAAUCUCAAGGUUCUUUUUCUUCCCGAAAAUAAGUUCACAGGACCGCUUCCUAUUUCAUUGUCAAAUGCUUCCAAACUUCAACAAAUAGGCUUUGAUCAUAAAAACUUUGUGGGGCCAAUGCCAAGAGAUCGUGGAAGACUUUUAAGUCUACGAAGGUUUGGCGUUGGUGAUAAUUUGUUGGAGGAUGACCUCAGUUUUAUUUCAUUACUAACGAAUUGCACGAGUUUAAAAGUGUUGAGCGUUAGUGCCAAUUUUCUCAGAGAGCUUUUGAAAGCAACUGAUGGAUUCUCAGAGGACAAGCUAAUUGGUGUUGGGAACUAUGGUUCUGUUUACAAAGGAAUUCUUGAUCAGGUUCAGACAAUAGUGGCAGUGAAAGUACUCAAUCUCCGACUUAGAGGAGCUUUUAAAAGUUUUAUGUCAGAAUGCAAAGCACUAAGAACCAUAAGAAAUAGAAAUCUCUUGAGAAUUUUGAGUGCUUGUUCUAGUGUCGAUUUCCAAGGUAAUGAAUUUAAGGCUUUGACAAUUAUUCAUGGUGAUCUAAAGCCGUGGAAUGUUCUUUUGGAUGAUGAGAUGAUCGCUCAUGUUGGAGACUUUGGGUUAGCCAAAAUUAUCUCCACUAUUUCAAAUGAGGUGGUACAACAUUAG